AUGACAAUCCGAAAGAUUCCAAUCCUGCUUUGUCAUCAUGCUGUCUACAUAUUGUUGCUUGUUCUCCAAGUCACAGGCCAGCCGCAGACUGAAACCACUGGUCCAUAUGGUCCACAACUAAGAAGACAAAACCAAGUACCAGCGGUAAUAAUUGGAAUGCUUAUGUUCACGCUCUUAUUCAGCAUCCUCGCUUGCUGCGUUUGCUAUAAAUACACAAACACAUCUCCUCCUGGAACAAGCUCUGAUACCGAUGAAGGAGGUCGUGCCGGAGGAGCAGCGUGGACAAGGAGGACAACCCGUGGACUUGAAAAGGAUGUCAUAAAGUCGUUUCCUUCCUUUCUUUACUCACAAGUUAAAGGGCUAAAGAUAGGCAAUGGUGGCGUGGAAUGUGCCAUCUGCCUGAACGAGUUUGAGAACGAGGAAACGUUGCGUUUGAUGACUCCUUGUAGCCAUGCAUUUCAUGCUGAUUGCAUCGAUGUCUGGCUCUCUUCUCGCUCUACUUGUCCUGUUUGUCGCGCCAAUCUCGCUCCCAAACCGGGCAGUGAUCAAAGCCUUAUAUAUCCAUUUAUACGCCCACAUAUCAAUCAAGAUAUUGAUCUUGAAACAGGAAACGCACGAAGAAGUGUCUUGGAAUCUCCAGACAUGCGUUUGUUAGAGGGAUUAACAUGGAGCAGUAACAACAAGACAAACAGACCACCCCGAUCUAGGUCUACAGGGUCAUCCAACUGGCGAAUAACGGAGAUACUAUUCCCAAGAUCUCAUUCUACGGGGCAUUCUCUGGUCCCACUAGGAGAGAAUCUAGACAGAUUCACGUUGCAGUUACCAGAAGAGGUAAGGAGACAGUUGAGUCACAGGUCGCUACCACAAGCUAGGAGUUCAAGGCGAGGCUAUAGAAGCGGUAGCGUUGGGAGCGGAAGGAGAGGUUUUCCUGAUGGACGCCGAAAUAGUCGACGGACCAUUUCUCUUUCUUUCUCUUUCUCAUUUCAAACUGCCUCUGUUCAGUCAGCAAAAGGAAAGGAGAAAGAGUUUGGAGAAGGGUCAUUUGAACGCCUUAAGCCAGAGAUGGCCUCCUCUUAA